AUGAGUUCUCUUCCUUUUGCCUGCUUUAACUACAACAACUCUGGUAAAGGCGACAAGGCGAGUGAUAAAAAGGAUAUGAUGGAUAGUGUAGCAUGGCACAGGCCGAUGUCGGCAACGUCGCGGCAAGAAGAGGAGCUGAUGCAGAAGAGCGCCCGCGCCCUGCAGAACGCAACCGACCCGCUGGAGAAACUCCGCCUCCUGUGCCUCUCACGAGGCGCCUCUGGCAUCAUGGGGCUUGGGAGGAUUUUCAGAAGAAUGGACGAUGAUGGCAGCAAGCAAUUGAAUAAUGAAGAAUUUGUGAACGGGCUCAAGGAUACUGGCUUGGAUCUCGACAAAAAGGAUGUCGACGAGCUAUUCAAAAAGUUCGACACCGACAACAGCGGAUCCAUCAGCUUGGAUGAGUUCAUCAGGCAAAUCCGUCCCCCAAUGUCGGAUUCCCGUCGCGCCAUAGUGGAGCAAGCGUUCAAGAAGCUGGACAAGAGUGGCGACGGAACCAUCACCGUCGACGAUAUCCGCGGCGUAUAUUCCGUCACUGCUCACCCUAGGUACAUGAGCGGAGAAGAGAGCGCAGACACCAUCAUGAAUAAAUUCCUCGCCAACUUCGAGGCUGAAGGCGUAGUAGAUGGAAAGGUAACUUUGGAGGAGUUCAUGAACUACUACAGUGGUAUCAGCGUGUCCAUCGACAACGACUGCUUCUUCGACCUGAUGAUGCGUCAGGCGUAUAAACUCUAG